AUGGCGAUCCUGAACUUCACGCUCAACCCCGAAUCUCUGGACAAGCUGCACAGUGCUUUGGCGUGCCUCUCCAAGUUCUCCGAGGCCGUGUCAUUAGAGGCAUCUCACGACAAGCUCGUCUUGACGGCUCUCAACUCAUCCAAAUCCGCCUAUGCCUCGUUCACCCUGGGCAACAAGUUCUUCUCCAAAUACCACCUUAAACCGGUAAAGACCAGCCCACAAGUUAACGUUAAGGAUAAGUUCAUUUGCAGGAUAUACAACAAGGCUUUACUGUCAGUCUUCAAGGGUCGAACAAUCGAUCCGACAAGAGAGAAGGAUACGGCAGUUGAAAAGUGCGAUGUUGCUGUCGAAGAUGGCGAGGGCCAGGCAAAGAGUCGGUUUGUGAUCAAAAUCGUGUGCAGGCAUGGCGUCCUCAAGACUUACCGUCUGACUUUCGAACCGGUUGCCCCGAUGCACGCUCUUUUUGUGAAGGAGAGUGCGAACAACCAUUGGUCAAUCUCUUCCAGGGCCCUCCGGGAAUUUGUUGAGCACUUCAGUCCAGGUACAGAUCAACUAGACAUCUAUUCCGAAAACGGUCGUGUAAGCUUCACCAGCUACACCGAGAAGAUUAUGUCAGGAAACGAGAUCCUGAAGCAGCCACUGCAUACUACCAUUGCUAUAGACACCCUUGAGUUUGGCGAAUUUUCCGUCGAGGAGAAGCUCCACAUCGUCAUCAGUGUCAAAGACUUCAAAGCUAUAGUUGCGCACGCGGGUAUCACAAAUACGAUGGUCAAAGCCUUGUACUCACGUCCUACGAAUCCAAUGCAGAUUUCCUACAGCGAGGAUGGAAUAUUGAGCGAAUUUAUCCUCAUGACCAUUGGAGAAUCUAGGGCCGCCUCAGCAACACCAGCGCCCAACGUCUCAAGGACCAAUUCAAAGAGACCAGCAUCAAGGCAGCCUUUGGAAGCUACCUCGAGCUCCAAGCGGACCGCAACCCCCCAAAUGCCUCCCCCGCUAACCAGUACAGCUCCAAGUAUUGCCCGAGCAGCCAGUAGAGCUCUUAGACCAUCUCCUCCACCACCGCAGCCCAGUGUUCAAUCACAGUCUCUUUUUCUGCCCCAGGGCGAUGAUGAUAAGAGAUGGGAUCCGACGCCCUUCGAUGAAGAAGAUGACGAGAUGUUGCAGUGGGAUACGGGUGAAGAAAAGAAUUCCUUGCGGAUAAAUUCGGCGAGGCAGCAGGGCCUCGAGAAUCAAGGGCGAGGAGGAAAUGGAGAUUCCGAUUUGGUGCCAACUCAGCGACUGGCACCAACCCAAAGACUAUCAGAGGUUCAUGGAUUAUUCGAUGAUUGA